AUCCUGGCUCCGGAGAACUGAGACCCUGACUCUGUGACUCUGCGCAUUGCAGCUUGGGCUAGUCAAUUGACGAGCGCCGCGAGCACGAAACGAAACGCCCGCGUGACAGCAGCAUACAAGCUGUGAAGACGCGAACAUUUAUGAAUAAUGCUAGUCAGCACCUUCUGUCAGGUGCAGUGUCGGGAUUCGCGUCCAGCAUAUCCUUGCAGCCGCUCGACCUCUUGAAGACACGCCUACAGCAGGGUGACGGUUCCUCACGCGGCGCUCGGCAUGCAGGAAGCAUUUUGUCGAUCGCACGGGACAUUGUCAGAGAGAAGGGCGUGUUCGGUCUCUGGCGGGGGACAAGUGCCACUCUGCUAAGGAAUGUGCCUGGAGUUGCACUUUAUUUCACCAGCUUGAACCAUGUUAGAACCGUACUCGCUACCACCCCGUACUUUGCUGUGGUCCCCCUUGAGCAAACACGCGCGUCAUCCGGAUCUGUCCUUCCGAAGCUCUCCAAAUGGGGCAACCUUCUGGCGGGCGCGACCGCGCGGGUGGCGGUGGGAACACUGCUGAACCCGUUUGCGGUGCUGAAAGCACGCUACGAAAGCAAUCUCCACGAAUAUAAAAGCCUCGCUAGCGCGAUACACUCCCUUGUGCAAGCGGGUCCCUCGGAAUUAUUUCGAGGAGUUCUGGCAGCCUCGCUGCGCGAUGCGCCUUACGCAGGGUUGUUUGUUGUGUCUUACGAGCAUUUCAAGGGCGAGUUAGAGCAUUUCGUCGCACCGACAUCCUCGACCUCGUCAACCUUGGUGUAUGGCUUUGCAGCCGCAUCCGCCGGCGUAGUUGCCAGUCUAGCUACACAUCCCUUCGACGUCGUCAAGACGAAAAUGCAGGUUCGCACAGAAGACAGAUACCAGGGGCUCCUGAAAACCAUCAGCACUAUCUAUCAGCAACGCGGAUGGAUCGGUUUCUACGACGGCGCAGUUUUGCGUAUACUGCGGAAGCCGCCAAAUUCGGCUAUUGCUUGGGCUACAUACGAAAGUGUACUCAUGCUCAUGCGCCGCUCGCAGCAAUCUUAAUGCGUACGGGCCCUUGGGAAAUAUAUCCUGCUGUUUUAAG